CACCCCUCAGCGUAGGCUGUUGCCAUGUUCCCACUUUCAUGGGUGUGGUGAUUAGCUUGGUUGGUGAAAAUUUUUCUUUUAGUCAAAUCUGACCCGAGUCGCGCUGGAUCCCGAGCGUUCAACCGGUGGAACCGAGUUAAAAUGAGCGCGGCUGCCUCCGGGCUUCGUCUCACAGCUGGGACCAUGGCUGCCGUGUGAGAACUGGACCGGUUUGUGAGGACGGACAGAGCCCGAGAGAAGCAGCCUGUUUCAGGUGUCAACUGGUAAAAACGCGUGAGUGUGUGGGUGCGUGUGUGCGUGCACGCGUGUAGGCACGUGUGUUUUCCCAGGCCAGUCGGUAUUUGGAGCAGAGUCUGACGUGACCACACCACAGAGGGACAAUGAGUGAGCUGGAACAGUUGCGGCAGGAAGCCGAGCAACUACGCAAUCAGAUCCGGGAUGCCAGGAAAGCCUGCAGCGACUCUACUCUGUCACAGAUCACAGCUGGUCUGGACUCAGUGGGCCGGAUACAGAUGCGGACGCGACGCACUCUCAGGGGCCACCUGGCCAAGAUCUAUGCAAUGCACUGGGGAAGCGACUCCAGGUUACUUGUCAGUGCCUCGCAGGAUGGAAAGCUUAUCAUCUGGGACAGCUACACAACAAAUAAGAUGCAUGCCAUCCCUCUGCGUUCCUCCUGGGUGAUGACAUGCGCCUACGCCCCCUCCGGGAACUAUGUGGCCUGUGGAGGCCUGGACAACAUCUGCUCUAUAUACAGCCUGAAGACCCGUGAAGGCAAUGUGCGCGUUACCCGAGAGCUACCUGGACACACAGGUUAUUUGUCCUGCUGUCGUUUCUUGGAUGACAACCAGAUACUGACCAGCUCUGGAGACACCACCUGUGCAUUGUGGGACAUAGAGACAGGCCAGCAGGCCACCACCUUCACUGGCCACACAGGAGACGUAAUGAGUUUGUCUCUCAGCCCUGACUACAAGACCUUUGUGUCAGGAGCCUGUGAUGCCACCUCCAAGCUGUGGGACAUCCGUGAUGGAAUGUGCAGGCAGUCCUUCACCGGCCAUGUGUCCGACAUCAACGCUGUCACCUUUUUCCCCAAUGGAAACGCCUUUGGCACAGGCUCAGAUGACGCCACCUGCAGGCUGUUUGACCUGCGUGCCGACCAGGAGCUGAUGACGUACAGCCAUGACAACAUCAUCUGCGGCAUCACCUCUGUGGCUUUCUCCAAGAGCGGCCGUCUGCUCCUGGCCGGCUACGAUGACUUCAACUGCAAUGUCUGGGACACUCUGAAAGGCGAGCGUGCAGGUGUGUUGGCGGGCCACGACAACAGAGUGAGCUGUUUAGGGGUGACAGAAGACGGCAUGGCUGUAGCCACCGGCUCCUGGGACAGUUUCCUCCGGAUCUGGAACUAAAACAAACCUCCUCCCCCGCCACACCCAAUCACUGCCUGCCAACCUCCACCUUGCAAACCCCCCACCCAAGAUAUCCCCCAACUCAUCUGCUGGGCUGGACCUGAGGGGUGCACACUGUCAGCCAAAAUCCUCUUCAUUCCCCCCCAGUUCUUGUCUCUCCUGCUCACCUGAGAGAAAGUACUGACUCUUUCUACCUUUCCAAGUGAUUUUCUUUUUUGCCCAACUACACACACAAAAAUAAGAACCGUCCAGUAGAGUUGUCCAAUCAAAACUAAAGUAAAAGUUAUGAAAAACUGAAGGAGAAAAAGUAGAAGAUUUCGUCCUUCUAGAGAGGGCGUCUGUUACAAUGACUAACAACAAAUGCGAUGACUGUCGGUGUGUAAUAUGUAAAUGUAUAUAUAAAGACAGUAUAUAUGUAUAGCAUUAUGUGUGUAUAUAUGCAUCAUAUAUGCAUAUAUAAUGUGUAUGUAUAUAUUUUUGUAGUUUAUUUCCCACCCUUGAGUUUUUUUUUUUUUAAUAUAAUUUUGGGGGUUUUAUGUUUUAUUUCAAAUGCACUUAUUGACAUUACUACACAUCCAAAUGCCAGAAACAUUUAUUUUUGCCCCAUUUGACUGUCAGACAAGUUCGACAUAGCAACGGAUCAUAAGUUGACCCAAAAAGUUUCCUUUAAAUUUUCUGAAUCUUCUGGCAUUUGCCGUCAGUUAAGCUCACUCAUCAAGCAGCAAAACAAAAAGCUAAUGACAAGCAAACAGAACAAUUUUCAGAAAAAUAUAAUUUGGCUUUGCUCAACUCGCUUUCCUCAUUUAUAUGUGUGUUAUGGUCACAGGCAGUGGGCAUAACUUGUGCAUCCUGCAGCUCUAAAUGUUGCUUCCUGUGAAUGAUUUGGUGUGAUGGCAUUCUUUUCUUUCUGUUUGUUUUUUGACAACACGACCCUGAGCAUUCCUCACCACAGACUUUUAUUUUGGAAGGAAACUGUCACACUGCUGUGGUUGUGAUUUUAGAGACAGAACUUAAAACCAACAAGCUUUGUUUUUAAGUUUUUAGUUUGAAUUCAGCUUUAGCUCCAAACUAGAAACCAGUGAAUUUUAGGCUAAAAUAAGAAAGUGUUAUUCUAUUGGAAGCCCUGUUUUGGCCUCGACCUGAGAGGAUUGUGAUUCCAAAUCAUCAGAUGCUGAAUAUCUGAAGACGACAGCCAUUCCAUGCAAACGGCUGUGAAAUGAUCAAUAACCCAGUAAUGCUCCUAAACAUCAUUUGCAUCUGAAUAGUCGUGUCUCUUGUAGCCUUCUGAAUCUACACUUAUUUUAUAAUUUGGCAUGAACAUCUCAAGUCGCCCAUACAAAUGACACUGCGAGACAUGUUCUCCCUGAGCAGAAGCUGCUCUCUACUACUCUACAGAAACGGAGACUGCUCAGUCACCAUGGGAGGACUAUUAAAGGACAGCAGUGACUCUUGUCAGAGGCCUCUGAGUACGAGAGAAAAGAAGAAGAGUGAGAAACGUGUCUGUCAGUGCUCACCACGUCCUUUUCUUUUUCUUUCCUAAAUGAAGGAUCAAUGUGUCCUUUUUGUUGUUAACAAGGUGUGAACUGAGUGACUGCAUGGGACUGAAAUCAUGUUAGCCACUCCAAAAACACAUCAGUGCCACCACAAGCCUGUAAAAAAAAAAAAAAAAGAAAAACAAACAAAAAAAUUGAAGGGUUUAACACUCAGCAAUUUCUUUUUCAUCACCAAAAACAUGUUAUGAACUGUUAGAUAUUGCUAGUGAAGAGAGUACACUUGGUAGACAGAAAUGUACAUUUAGUAGAGAGCUAGAGAUGCACUCACAAACUGUAGUACAAACGUAUACCAUGGAGCACGUGACUUAUUUACCCAUAGAUAUAGUAGUUCUGAUUUUUGAGUAUUUGCUCAUCAGGCAUCUUCCAUUAUUUUGGUUAUUCUAAUCUAAAUGCUUCAUUUUUUAAUAGAUUAAAACAAAUAAUGUGCGUGAGUUGGACCUAUCCAUCAGCUGUCUCAGGUGCCUAUCUCUGAAUAUUAACAAUUGACCCACAUGCGCUGGAUAAAGACGGGGCUUGUGCUCCUUUUGAGAUGUGGCAAUUUAGUGUCUCCAUCCUGCCUUACGAUACCAUUCAUAAAAGAAGGUAAUAAGUGCAUCGACAACUGUAAUGUUCUCCUCUUACUAUUCCUUUUUACACACUGAUCAACAAGAUGAUUGCUAUUUCUUUUUCUGAUAGAAGCACAUUCUGAUACUAGUGAACACUAAACGCAUGCUUACAGUAAACCACAUGCAGCGCCAUACUGCUUCUUAGAGCAAGAGUUUUGCAUCACUUUUUAUACAAUUCUGUUUUCUACUACUACUGUGCAGUUUGUAGUAUUCAUCAGCUGUCAAUGAAACCCCUAUUUGGCGAACCAUGUUUUUUUUUUUUCUUAAGUUUUAGCUGCUUCUACCCAGCUUUGCAUUAAAGGAAUCCAUUUGGAGAGAAUUUAAAAAUAACAGUUCUAGUUUUAAGCCUGAGAAUAUCUUCGAGGUGUGUAGGAUGAGAUAUGUAUCGCAUAUCAGUGCUGAGGUGUGUGCGUGUGGGGGCGGGAGGGAAGGGAACGGGGUCGAUUUGCUGAUGUAUGUGGAUAACAUAUAGAUCUAAGUGUUACUUCCUCAUUUUGUGCCAAUGUUAUCCACAGACCCUGAGCUGUGAACUAGUCAAUGUGACAAAAAAAGACAAAAAAAACAGAACAUGUUUGCUCACUUUACUCAAGUGCCAGUCUUCUCCAUAUCCACCAAUUAAAAAUCACACAUCUGAUUUUCUAAUGGUCUAUGAUCAAAGAGUUGGACUGCUUAUAUCUGAAGAUGGCUUUUUGUAUCCCGAAAUGUUAUUGAGUUGCUUCUCAGACUCCAGUUUCUAUUUCAGUCAGUGGACAUCAGAUGUUCAUGUGUUCUCAGACGAGGUGACACAAUGACGGACUGACAGUAUUUAAAGGGAUAGUUUGACGCUUUGGGAAAUGCCUCAUCAAAACUGGCUGCUUGACGAGAUCCUGACCAGUCUCGCAUAGUUUUAUAAAUGUUAGAACUCGAGACCAGCUUUUGGCCUAUACGUUUACCAUUUCACAAACGGCUUCUCCUGUUGGCAGAGUACUCAUGUACGUACGUUAGCUGAAUUGAUAUUUGAUAUAAAGAAAACUGUGAUUAUUCUUAAGCAAUUUCUGAAGCAUCUUUUUUCUUUCAGUGCAUUAAUGAACAUUUAUUUGGGAUAGACAUCGGAGAUAAUUGUAUCUAUAUAAAGUUUAAAUUACACAAAGUCUAAAAAUUUGUUCAUAUUUGUUUCUUCCUGCCAAUUUAGCCUCACUUUUUAUUGAUAGAAAACACAGCCCAAAAAUAAAUAGAAUACAUUUUUUACUAACAAGAGUUAUGUAUGCUUACAAUUAUUGAAUUGUGGAGCUUGUGGGCACUUUUAAGAGCAAAAUUACUUUGUCUUCAGUAUCUAGUCUUUGUGGUAAACGGAGCUAAGCUAGUCAGUAGCAUGGUUCACAGGAAAACAUAACUCCCCUCUCUUAUCAAUGCCAGAAAGUGAAUCUCCCAUUGUGUUGAACUAUUCCUCUAAAGUCUCUGUAGUUUGACUUUCAGAUUCCGUCAUUAACUGUGUGAACUUAAAAAAAACUCACCAUAGCCCUUACCAGGUAAACAAAGGGGUCGUCUGCUUACGGACAGUGAUAUUCAGCCAUGUCCUCGCUGUGUGUGAGUGUGUGUGUGUGUGUGUAUUUCAGCAGUAUUAGCAGCUGGAACCUGGGGUAGUAAGAUAACACUUUGUGCCUGUGCAGUUCACUCAUCCUAAGCAGUGCAGUAGACUCAUUCAUUAAAAAAGAGGUGCUUGGCUUCAUUUACUUUCACACAAGUGUUAUAUUGACCUGGUUCAGACCCAUGACCCCUCCACUGAUCUGGAGCUGUCUGACGUUGCAACAUGUAUCAACACUUCAAUGCAUUUAAGGUCUGAAGCACCACAACCUGAAUCUGUGACUUGUUUUAAUCCUCGUAACUUUAAACGUGUCUGGCUGUAGUGUUUUAGGUGAUUUUUAGCGAGUCGCCCACAGUGCCAACGUUUAACGUGAAAGAUGAGAUGUGAAGUUGUCUUUGCUGCACAGGUUCAGGCAGUAUUUUUAAAGACUAUUUACAGCACAUUUAACAGCUGAAUAUGAAAAAAAAAUAGUUUUAAGUUUUACUGCAUAAAUUGUCAAUAUUGUAGGAAAGAAAUCUUUCGGCACCUCACCACUUGAAUUGGUUGCAUCACAUAACCACAGCACCAUCACAUAAAUAAUGCACUGCCCUUUGACUCUACAACCCACUGUUAAGACUUUUUCUUGUUUUCUUUUAAUUUAUUGUUUCAUGUUUUAAGCCAGUAAAGACCAGGGACUUGGUGCCAUGAUAAUUCUCUUACAGUGCUAUUGUGUGAAAUUAUAAUCACUUGUUAUGGAAUAAUUUUUAUAGUCUUUUUCACACCAGACCUUUUUUUUGUAUUUGUACAGUGGCUUGGUUAUACUGAUAUGUUGCCAUGAGUUAUUGUAACCAAUAAAAAAAGCUUUUAACCAAGA